UGUCUGUGCACGUCUGUCUCGAUGUGCAGAAGAAAACGAGAGCGACAGAUGCUUUUAGUUUAAUGUGUGUGUGAGUGUAUAUACACACUGGUGAGGACGCACUUUGGAUUUUCUCUCUGCCUCUCCCUGAUUGAUGAUCUCCAUCUAACGAGGUCGACCAAGUAUGACAGCUUCCCUGAGCUCCUGCAGUGGCUUAGAGGUCCUCCUCUCCUCUCUGCAGAAUGCAGGGGACGUUGAGAGCACCUUAACUUCUCUCAGUGUCCUGGAUGAACUUCUGUCUGCUGGUACAGAUCGUCGUAUCCACUAUAUGAUCAGUAAAGGUGGCAGUGAAUCCUUGCUUACUGCACUGGUCAACACUGGGCGCAGUUUCAGUCCCAACUACACCAUCUUGCUGCCACUGCUGCACCUGCUGGCUAAAGUUGGACACAGAGAUCGUCAUAUAGGUAGGAAGGCAGAGGAGGCUGGAGCUGUGCUGCUGAGUCUGAAUCUGCUCAAACACAACAUCAAACAUGCUAGGAGGGCUGCAGCCUUUCUAUGGGUCAUCCAGGUCUUCUCUGCAUCAGUUCCUACAGCAAACCUUAUAGGAAAGAACUAUGGACUAGAUGUCAUCUACCGCCUCAUCCCUCAAUAUACCACCAAACAUCUGCACACCAUCAAGGCAGCCAUUAAUGCCUUUGCUGCUCUGCUGUGCACAAAGGCUAAUGUUUCCUCAGUGGUAUCUAAGGGUUACAUCUUCGGCCUCAUGCGGCUUUAUGAGGACUGGCACAGAAAGGACACUCAACAUAUUGCAGUAACAAUCCGCCAUGCACUGCUGCGCUGCCUCCAUAAGGUCACCCACAGUACUGCUGGCAGACAGGCUUUCGUAUCCCAGGGAGGCAUCAGACUGUUGUAUGAAACUACACAGACAUGUUUGCUGAGUAAAGAUAUGGAAUCUCUGGUAGAGUCCUCUGUGCAGCUGAUGAGGAAAUGUCUUCCAAAAACUCCUCUGCCACUGACAUCAGAUCAGUCUGCAUACACCUUCCCCUUGCCUGGAUGGCCACAAGCUGUCCCAAAUAUGGAUGCAGAACCAGAUGACAGCAGUGGGGAAAGUGAUGAUGAGGAGGCUGAACAUAACCAAGAGGCGGACUAUGAUGAUGAUUUGGAGACUGACUUGAACAAACUACGUCUUCCUCCUGACCCAGACAGACCCAAAGAGCUGCUGCCACAGUAUAGCCGCCUCUGUCCUGAACUCUCAUAUGACUUCCAGGAGCUGGAUUUAAGUUCUGAGCCAGACGAGCACACGACAGCAUCAUCAGCAUCUUCAUCAGAUGAGGAAGCUUUGCUGCUCAACAGAUGCCCUUUCCACUCCUCCAGGAGGGACAGAAGGAGGUGUAAUGCCAACAGCGAUUUGUUCACCUCCUCUUCAAGGUCUUACUCAGAGGCGGAACCAGAAGGAUACAAACCAGCUGCUGCCCAGUUAGAGGCCUGUGAUUUCCGCAGUCACAACAGCAUCCUCAGCACCAGCCCCAGAAUUAGGACCAUGGUUAGAGAGGCAAGGGGAGAAGCCCCUCCAGGUCAGAAAGUGGAUGAGCAGGAUGAUGAAGAGGAUGCAGAACAAUCCCAUCAUCGUACCAUUAUAGACAGGGUAUUGGAGAGACAUGGAGCCUGUAUCCCCCACCAUGACCCCAAACUGUAUCGUGCUGAAGCCGCCAAAACCAUAUCUAUUCCAGGGUUCAGCAUCCUGGCUUUUCCUGAUUUCUGGGGUCACCUCUCACCACCAGGACAUGAACCCAUGGCCCCACGCAAACCCAGCAUACAGAGGCAGAAAGUGUUUGAAGAUGUCCAACGUUUCUUGAAUACUGAUGGCAUCAUCAACAAGGUCGUGUUUGACCUGGAAGACAGCAGUCUUCAGUAUCCGCCUGAUACCUUGAGGUUUUUCUCUAAGUUUGAAUGUGGGAACCUAAGAAAGGCUGUCCAGGUCCGCAGAUAUGAAUAUGACCUCAUACUGAAUGCAGAUGCCAACAGUAACCAGCACACCCAGUGGUUUUAUUUUGAAGUCAGUAAUAUGGUGCCAGACUUCCCCUACCGUUUUAAUGUCAUCAACUGCGAGAAGAGCAACAGCCAGUUCAACUAUGGAAUGCAGCCGGUGCUGUACUCAGUAAAGGAAGCUCUGGAAGGUAGACCCCACUGGGUCAGGACUGGGACUGAAAUUUGUUAUUACAGAAACAACUUUUGUCCGGCCCAGUGCAAAAGGAGAACAACCUUUUAUACUUUGACCUUUACCAUCACCUUCGAACACAAUGAGGAUGUGUGCUACCUGGCCUACCAUUAUCCCUACACAUACUCUGCUCUGAAGGCUCAUCUGAAGGUCCUGAAGAAAUCAGUGGAUCCCACCAAAGUGUUUUUCCAGCAGCAGAUUCUUUGUGGCAGUUUGGCUGGAAACUCAUGUCCAUUGGUUACCAUCACUGCCUGUCCUGCCAGCAGGGGCUGGAGAGACAUUCACCAGCUCCGUAAUCGUCCCUGUAUUGUGCUGACAGGUCGUGUCCAUCCCGGUGAGUCUAAUGCCAGCUGGGUUAUGAAGGGCACCCUAGAUUUUCUAUGCAGUAGUGACUCCAUAGCUCAGAGUCUGAGGGAGGCCUUCAUCUUCAAGAUCAUCCCCAUGCUCAACCCAGACGGAGUCAUCAAUGGCAUGAAUCGCUGCGAUCUCAACUGUGCAGAUCUAAAUCGUCAGUGGUGUAAACCUGACCCAGUCCUCAGUCCAACCAUCUACCACACCAAGGGUUUCCUCUACUACCUCAACAGUAUAGGACGGACUCCACUGGUUUUCUGUGAUUAUCACGGCCACUCCAGAAAGAAAAAUGUCUUCCUGUAUGGCUGCAGUGUUAAGGAGACUCUGUGGCAAUCUGGCUCUGCUAUUAACACUGUAGGAUUGAAAGAGGACCCUGGAUAUAGGACCAUUCCAAAGACCUUGGAUCGUAUCGCACCGGCCUUUUCUUUCAACAGCUGCAACUAUUUGGUAGAGAAGUCUCGCUCUGCUACAGCCAGGGUGGUUGUCUGGAGGGAGAUGGGCGUGCUGAGAAGUUAUACCAUGGAAAGUACUUACAAUGGCUGCAACCAGGGAAUAUACAAGGGCCUGCAGACAGGAACCAAGGAGCUGCAGGAGACUGGCGUGAAGUUUUGCCACAGUCUACUGUCUGUGACCAAAGACAUGAAUGUUCUUUACAGCCGAAGACUCAUCAACCACAUUGACCUGGACCGCAGCACCCUGGACCACAAUUCUUACAAGUAAGACAUCCUGAACACAUCCUAACACAUCCUGACAAGGCCUGUGACAUCGCAAUUUCUGUCAAAAUGGGGUAUACAAAUGAGGGCAAUCCUCUUACGUGAGGACAUUGUCCUGCUGGUUAGGACUUAAGUUUUGGUUUACAAUUAGAAUUAGUAUUUGAUAAGAUGAACAUUUA